AUGGCUUGGGCCUCCAGCUUUGAUGAAUUCUUUAAGAAUUUUAAGAGGGAAAGCAAAAUCCUCUCUGAGGAAACCAUCACCUUGAUUAAAUCCUACAUUGAGGAAAAUAAGCUCCAGGAAGCACUUUCUGUAAUCCACAAUGCACUGAGAGACAUCGAGAAUGUCUCCCUGAACAUUGCUGUGACAGGGGAGUCAGGGACAGGGAAGUCCUCGUUCAUCAAUGCCAUCAGGGGGGUGGGGCAGGAAGAAGAAGGUGCAGCCGCCACUGGAGUGACAGAGACAACCAUGGAGAGAACUCCGUAUCCACACCCAAAGCUUCCCAAGGUGACAAUAUGGGACCUGCCUGGCAUUGGGUCCACUAACUUCCCACCACAAAACUACCUAACAGAAAUGAAGUUUGCUGAAUAUGACUUCUUUAUUAUCAUCUCUGCUACACGCUUCAAAGAAAAUGAUGCACAACUAGCCACAGCCAUCAAAGAGAUGAAGAUGAAUUUUUUCUUUGUCAGAACCAAGAUUGAUGUUGACUUAUUUAGUGAACAGAAGAGUAAACCAAAGACUUUCAAUAAGGAGAAUGUCCUGAUGAAAAUCCGAGAUGACUGUUCAAAGAAACUCAAGGAGGUUCUCUCCAGUGAUCCUCACAUCUUCUUAGUCUCUAACUUUGAUGUGUCUGACUUUGACUUCCCAAGGCUGGAGACCACCCUAUUGGGUGAGCUCCCAGCCCACAAACGCCACAUCUUCAUGCUGUCCCUGCACAGUUUUACUGAGGCCACCAUCAAACUCAAGAGAGAUUCCCUGAAGCAGAAAGUCUUCCUAGAGGCCCUGAUGGCUGGAGCAUGCGCUUUCAUUCCAUUUGUUGGCAUGAUCAUGUAUGAGUUAGAGAGUCUGGAUGAAACAUUCAACCUCUACAGGUCUUACUUUGGGCUGGAUGAUGCCUCAUUGGAAAAGAUUGCCAAGCGUUUUAACGUGUCUGUGAAUAAACUGAAGGAACACCUUCAGUAUUCCAUUUUGUUUACAAAAGAUAAUGCUAAAUCCUUAGGAGAAAAACUAAUGAAAUAUAUUGCUGUCUUUUCCUUGGUCUUUGGUGGACCAGGUGGUUCUUGGAUUUAUUACAAGAGGACUUACUACUUGCAGAAUCUCUUUCUGGACACUGCAGCAAAUGAUGCUGUUGCUCUUCUUAAUGGGGAACUUCUUUUUGAAUAGAUGGUGGGACCAUAUAUAUCUAAGCCCCCAAUUACUGGAAUGAUUGAAAAAUGAGGCACAAGCUCCUCCAAUCAGUGUUUACUUUUGGCCUUGCUUUGACACUGACUCAUAACCUACUCCAGAGUAACAAACCUUCUCUGUGGAGGGCCAGAAGGUUCAUCCUUUCCCUCUUCCAGAGUCAGACGAUCACUGUGGCAAGUUCUCAACUGUGCUGUAGUAGUAGAAGAAUCAUCAUCAACAUUGUGUGAAAGCAUGAGGAAACCUCUUUUCUGAUAAAAUCGUAUGUAAAUCACCCAUGUGAAUAUGGAUUUGAUUUGCGAUUUUGUGGGCAAAUGAAUCCUGGAUCUUUUAUACCUGUGAA